UUAAAUUAAUAGCAGACUUGCCCAGAAAGCUAAAACCAAGAAACACUCACAAAGACGAAGCCAAGCCAACUAUUUUAAUACAGACUUUUAAUUCUUCAACAUCGAAAUCGAAGUUUAUCAAACGACAAUUGAGAAGAACAGUGUGAGGUAAUAUGUCUCGGAGAUAUGAUAGCCGCACGACGAUCUUCUCCCCAGAAGGUCGUCUAUACCAAGUCGAGUACGCAAUGGAGGCGAUUGGAAAUGCAGGUUCCGCAAUCGGGGUAUUGUCGAAAGAUGGGGUUGUUUUAGUUGGUGAAAAGAAGGUUACUUCCAAACUCCUUCAAACUUCCACAUCAACUGAGAAGAUGUACAAGAUUGAUGAUCAUGUAGCGUGCGCUGUGGCCGGCAUUAUGUCGGAUGCUAACAUUCUUAUCAACACGGCCAGAGUUCAAGCCCAGCGCUAUACUUUUGCGUACCAAGAACCAAUGCCUGUUGAACAGCUUGUGCAAUCUCUUUGUGAUACCAAGCAAGGUUACACACAGUUUGGCGGGCUUCGUCCCUUUGGUGUUUCGUUUCUGUUUGCUGGCUGGGACAAGAAUUUUGGGUUCCAGCUGUACAUGAGUGAUCCAAGCGGAAACUAUGGUGGUUGGAAGGCUGCAGCUGUUGGAGCCAACAACCAGGCAGCACAAUCAAUGUUGAAGCAGGACUACAAGGAUGAUAUCACGAGGGAAGAGGCGGUUCAGCUGGCUCUAAAGGUGCUCAGUAAGACAAUGGACAGUACAAGUCUUACUUCCGAUAAGCUUGAAUUGGCCGAGGUCUACCUCACGCCCUCUGGAAAAGUGAAGUACGAGGCUUGCUCACCCGAGAACCUAAGCAAGUUAUUAGUGAAGUUUGGAGUGACCCAACCUGCGGCUGAGGUGUAAGUUGGUAUUGUUUAUUCAAAUACAAGUCUCAGAACUAAUAUUACGCUUUAGUAUGUCACAUUCGAAGGAUACUUAUUUUGUUUGGUUCAAAGAAUUAUUGA